AUGAUCGCGUCUCCCCUCGGCGUCAACUGCGUCCGCCCCUCGCUCGCCAGCAGCACCCGCCGUUGCCUCUCUCAGGGCAACUUCUCCCCGAGCUGCGUGCGCGUGCGCCACGCAGCCAGGCAGCUCGCGACCAUUCCCGGUCUUUCGCAAUCCGCUGGGUCCAGGGCGGGCGUCGUCGGCUCGGCCAGCGGCAACGGACAAAUGACGAACGCUGAUGGCAAGUCCUUCGUCGGCCUCGUUGGCCUGGCGGUGAUGGGCCAGAACCUCGCGCUGAACGUCGCUUCCAAGGGGUUCAGCAUCUCCGUGUACAACCGCACCUACGCGAAGACGGAGAUGGCCGUCGCGCGCGCGAAGAAGGAGAACCUCGGCGACAAGCUCAUCGGGUUCGAGCAGCUCGAGGACUUCGUCAAGUCUCUGGAGCGUCCGCGCAAGGUGAUCAUUCUGGUGCAAGCCGGGGCGCCCGUGGACGCGACCAUCGAGGCGCUGCUGCAGUUCAUGGAGCCCGGCGACCUCAUCAUCGACGGCGGCAACGAGUGGUACACCAACACGGAGCGCCGCAUGAAGAUGGUCGAGGAGAAGGGCCUGCUGUACAUGGGCAUGGGCGUGUCGGGCGGCGAGGAGGGCGCCCGCAACGGCCCCUCGAUGAUGCCCGGCGGCCCCGCGGAGGGCUACAGGCUGAUCCAGCCGAUGGUCGAGAAGGUCGCGGCGCAGGUCGACGGCCCGUGCGUCACGCACGUCGGCCCCGGCGGCGCGGGCAACUACGUCAAGAUGGUGCACAACGGCAUCGAGUACGGCGACAUGCAGCUCAUCGCGGAGGCGUACGACAUGCUCAAGACGGUCGGCGGGCUGUCGAACGAGGAGAUCCAGGCGGUGUUCAAGGAGUGGAACGCGGGCGAGCUGUCCAGCUUCCUCGUCGAGAUCACCAUGCACAUCUUUGAGCAGAAGGACGACAAGGGCGACGGGUACCUGGUGGACAAGAUCCUGGACAAGACGGGCAUGAAGGGGACGGGGAAGUGGACGGUCCAGGAGGCCGCCGAGCUGUCCGUGCCCGCGCCGACCAUCGCGGCGGCCCUCGACGGCCGCUUCCUGUCGGGGCUCAAGGAGCAGCGCGUCGCGGCGCAGGACUUCUACGGCGUGCGCGGCGUGAUGCCGCCGACGCCGCCGCCCGGCGUGGACAAGAAGCAGCUCGUCGACGACGUCCGCCAGGCGCUGUACUCGUCCAAGAUCUGCUCCUACGCGCAGGGCAUGAACAUCAUCCGCGAGAAGUCGCUGCAGAAGGAGUGGAACGUGACGCUGGGCGAGUGCGCGCGCAUCUGGAAGGGCGGGUGCAUCAUCCGCGCCAGCUUCCUCGACCGCAUCAAGGCGGCGUACGACAAGGACGCGUCGCUGCCCUCGCUGCUCAUGGACGCCGACUUCGCCGCCGAGCUCGCCGAGCGCCAGGCCGCGUGGCGCCGCGUGGUCUCGCUCGCCGUCGCGAACGGCGUGUCGCUGCCGGGCAUGACGGCCUCGCUCGGGUACUUUGACCAGUACCGCCGCGCCGUGCUGCCGGCCAACCUGGUGCAGGCGCAGCGCGACUACUUCGGCUCGCACACGUACCAGCGCAACGACGGCCAGGAGGGCUGGUUCCACACCGUGUGGCCCGGCGGCUCCGCGGACUCGAUCACCACCUCGGGGUACAAGGCCUGA